UAUAAAGAUUCGAGGAGAAGGGGAAGAUAGAAAAAUAUCUAGCUAAUCCAUCCACGUUGGCAUUACUGGGCCAAUUUAGAAUCAGAUAUUUGCACUUUUUCUCACACUUUUUCUCCAUUAUUUAUUACUAUAAUAUUCCCCAUUUUCCACCGCCACAUACCCCACCCCCUCCUUUCUCUCACCCUAACUUCUCCUCACCGGUAAACUCACCGGAAAAAGAUUUGUACGUGAAUUCAAGAAGGUUCUGUAAUAUGGGUGAAGAAGUGAAAAUCCCCGACGGUGAUGCUGCUUUCGCCGGAGAUGAUAACCGUGUUCUCGAAUGGGAAGACGGACUUCCUAGUUUUGACGAUCUGACGCCGUUAUCUCAGCCGUUAAUUCCGCCGGAAUUAGCAUCGGCGUUUAGAAUCACGCCGGAGCCGGCGAAGACGAUGACCGAUGUUCAUCGUGCUUCGGAGAGUACGUUUUCUUCUCUCCGUGCUGGAGGAGGAUUACAUAUGUUGUCUGAUAAGUUUAAUUUCAACGAAGGAGGAAGGAAUGAGAAUGAUGAGGUGGAUCUGACGCGGGAUGGAUCGGAUUCGAGGAAGACGAGGAGGAUUGACCCGGAGAUGGUUACUGAAGAAGCUGAUUCGGCAUUGAGGAAUGAAAUGAAUUGUGGAGAUGAUAAUUCAGCUAAGACAUUGAAAAGGCCGCGGUUAGUAUGGACACCGCAGCUGCAUAAGAGAUUUGUGGAUGUGGUUGCGCAUUUAGGGAUUAAAAAUGCUGUGCCGAAGACAAUUAUGCAGCUUAUGAAUGUGGAGGGAUUGACGAGGGAAAAUGUUGCUAGUCAUUUACAGAAGUAUAGGUUGUAUUUAAAGAGAAUGCAAGGAUUGUCCAAUGAAGGACCGUCUUCGUCUGACCAUUUGUUUGCGUCCACUCCUGUGCCACAGAGUUUGCAGCAGUCUGGUGUUGGUAAUGGUAAUGGGAAUAGUGGUAAUGGACAUAGUAGUAAUGGUCAUAUGCCUAUGCCUAUGCCAAUGCCAAUGAUGUAUCCACCACAAAUGGUGCCAAUGCCUAUGAUGGGAAUGUCAGGGCAUGGGUAUCAUCAUCAGUAUAAUAUGGGGCAACCGCGAGAUUGGUCGGGAAAUAAAUUUGGUUCUUAUCAUCAUGUUGCUCCUGGUGAAAAAUAGCUGUUAGACGCGAAAAAAAGAGGUCAUCUAGUUUGAUGCAGGUAUCAAUGUUGUUCACACUCUCUCAACCCCAAUUCCAAGGGAGAUGGGUUUCUUCAAUUUUCUUGUCUUUAUUAACUACUCAUUUUCGGUUUGUCUUGUCUGGAUAUUUUGAUAUUCAUUUACUAUCUCAUUGGUAGACAUUCCUUAUUUAAAAGUCGUCGGUAGGUAUGCUCUUGUUCUAGAUGAACAUUACAUAGAAAUGCUUUUGAAUAAUAAUCAAACAGCGGAAUUAAUACUCUUUCAGAUUAAGCUCAGUUGGCUUUCCUAAUUGUCUUUGUGGUGCUGUGUAGUUGCUCUCUUCUUACAUCUCCUUUCCCUUUUAUCUGCUGUUUGUCACUAUGACUGCAUAUGUUAGUGAACACACUUUAAGGGGGGAGAAACCAAGGGUAUUUCGUGCUUUUAAAGUGUUGAAAGCACGACCUUUUUAUAGCAAAAGGGUAUACCAAUUUCAGAAAACAUCACUUAUAGGUAUCAAAGACGUAAGUGCUCUGAGUGCAUGCUCAAAGAUUGGUGGAAAAGAAAUUCUUUUAGUUCUCUUUGCGAAAUAUACCGUCCCUAUCUUUCUUGUUCUUGUCAGAUGGUAACUGGCUUAUUCAGGUGUUUUCUAUUCUAUCUUCUGGUUAUUUGCAGAAGCUCUUAUGUUGGUAGUUGCUUGUUUCUAUAUCAUGCAAAAUAUAAAUUUGCUUAUCAUGUAUACUUAUCAUCUGCAACUUGUGCUUGCUCUGCUAUUCCACUGAACGUGACAUUCUCCGUAGACAGAUUAUGAAGGAUACAACCAGUAUAAUAGAAUACUGGGUCCAUUUGUUUUGUUGGUCGCUGUUCAUUUGCCUUGUUCCAAUACUCCGGAUGGAUAGAAACCGUACUUUUUGAAAUUGAUUUUAGGUAAGCUUUAUCUGUGUGCUGUGCGGUUUAUUAAGCAAUGGAUAACUGUAAUCCAGAGAAGUGAAAGGAUCAAAAGUGGAUUAAGUCAUCCUUCACGACUGAGGGUUUUUGCAAUUUCAUUUCGUUAUCUCUAGCUAGAUUUGCCUCCUGCACAAGGAUAAAACGGCCGUUUUUUGUAACCUCUUGGAUCACUGGUUUGGUCUGUUUUCUGCUCGUUCAUGUUGGUAUUUCUUGGUGUCCUUUUCUAUUCAAGUGUGUUUGACGUGAUGGAAGUCGCUUCUGAUGAGAAGUUCCUUCAGUAAAAUGUUGUAAAAUUUUCUUUGGUUAUUGUUUCCAGUGUUUCGAUCGGGUAGGCGACCGGAAAAUACAGUUUCAUGAAAGUAUGUUACAAUUAACGAAAAUAUGAGCAUAUAGGAGAGUAUUUCGAUGGAAGUUUUAAUAUGGGUAUCUUACAUAAAUUUCGGAGGAUUUUUAAUGCGUUGUAACACUUUAACUGAAAGAAAUCGA